AUGCCGAAAAGAAAAGCGACAGCCAGGCUCUCUGGUCUGGCAGGCUCGGACGGUGCGGAUGCCAUGCAGCUCAAUGAUGGAGGACAGCGCGAAAACGAGCGCCCAGCCAAGAGACCGAGAGGAAGGCCACGAUCCAAGUCCGUUGAAAGCAAACCGCCAGCCGAGACGAAACGUAGUUCGACAGUGGCUCAAGCGCGAGCCUCUGACAGUGCUCCGAAGAAAGCGUCCAAACGGGGACGACCAAAGGGUAGCCGAAACUCGGCGCAAGGCGCAACGCAGGAAGGUCCAGGGAGGAAAGGCGGCAAUGAGGAAAUCAAGGAUGAAAUCGGAGUCCAAGAACCUGAGAGUUUUGCGGCGUCCAACGACGAGCUGGAUGAUGCGCCAGUUGCUUCCAAGACAAAUCAAACGGCAAAAUCGGCAAAACCUGCAGCUACACGGGGACGCAGGAAAGUCAGUGCUGGAAAGCAGAUACAGACCGAUGGUGAAUUUGAGUAUACACCGAGGGCUACGAGACAAGUGCAGCCGCCGGCAAAGCCCCAGGAGCAGUUAGAGCGGCCGAAAAGACAAUCGCGACGCAUUCAUUGGACUGAACCCAGCAGUGUCGCGGCAGAAGAGGAGCAGGAGGAAAUGGAAGUCGUUGAAGAGUCUAUUCUACGUGAAGAGCCCGUGGUCCCUCGAUCAGCGUCAGCAUCACCUCUGAAAGGCAGACGGUCGUCACAGCCCGCACCAGGAAGCUCCCCUCUGAAGAAGAAGCUCGGGGUUUCCACGGGUGAUGAUAAGAUGGGUGAACCGGAGUUGAGGCGUAGACCCGGUGAUUUGACUAAGAAAUAUGACGCGCUGGAGAACCGGUACCGUAACCUCAGAGAGAUAGGGAUCGUCGAGGCGAAUGCCAAUAUGGAUAAGCUUCGACAACAUUGCGAAGCAGUGACGACAGCUUCCAAUAAUCUGGUUGCUUCUCUCAAGGCAGAGCUGGAAGCGCAGAAGAAGCUUGGCCAACAAAGCCGGGCGCUCCAGAAACAAUUGAAGGAGCGCGAUGCGGAAGUCGCUGAAUUGAAAGCCCAAGUGUCAGACGCCAGGAACCAACUGACUACUGCUCAGUCGGAGGUCAAAGCCUUACAGACCAAGCUGGCAGCUGCCCGUAAUACUACUGCCAGUCUCGAAAACGCUGCGGCGAAAGUUCCAGGAAGCGCAAUCAAAAACAACAGGGUAAACCGCGCAGCUGAUGCUGAGGCAGCCCAAGCAGCUCAUCUCGUGCAGUUGAAGGAGGAGCUGUACAGCGACCUCACUGGUCUUGUCAUUCUUGAUGUCAAGAAGAGGGAAUCAGAUCAUCUGUAUGACUGCCUUCAGACUGGCGUCAACGGAACUCUUCACUUCAAAUUGGCUGUCCCGACGAUAACAUCUACCAACUUCGAAACGGCAGAAUUCCAGUAUGUCCCAUUGUUGGAUGAAAGUCGCGAUCGCGAACUGGUCGAGAUUCUUCCCGAGUAUCUUACAGUCGAUAUCACCUUUGUCCGCCAGCAAGCGUCAAAAUUCUACGCACGGGUCAUCGAUGCGCUUACAAAGCGGCGCACUAUCCUCCGAAGCUGGAUCGCCCGUGAAGGCAAGAUGGCGCGUCUGGGCCGCUUUGGGUUUCUCGCCCUCGCGGUGGUGUUCCAUCUUAUAUAUGCUUAUUCCAUAUUUGACAUUUACUUUGUUAGUCCGAUCGUGAGCGGCAUGAGAUCGUAUGGCGUCGAGCGAGAACCUGGAACGAAUGCGCCAGCCAGUCGUCUUGUGCUGUUCGUUGCCGAUGGCUUGCGCGCCGACAAGGCUUUUCAGCCAGCUCCAGACCCUUCUCCGGAAGACGGUGAAGAUGCAGAAAACAACGAUCCAAUCUACCUCGCUCCAUUCAUUCGUUCGCGCGUGCUCUCCCACGGAACCUUUGGCGUCUCCCACACCCGAGUACCCACCGAGUCUCGCCCUGGACAUGUUGCACUCAUCGCAGGUCUGUACGAAGAUGUCUCGGCAGUGACAACAGGUUGGAAAUUGAACCCGGUCAACUUCGACAGUGUCUUCAACCAAAGCCGGCAUACUUGGAGCUGGGGGAGUCCGGACAUUCUCGCAAUGUUCAAGGAGGGCGCAGUUCCCGGACGUGUUGAUGCCGACAUGUACGGAGAAGAGAUAGAGGACUUUACGAUGGAUGCAACGCUAUUGGAUACCUGGGUCUUCAACAAGGUGAAGGAGCUUUUUGCCUCUGCGAAGAGCGAUCCCGAGUUGGAUGCAAAGCUACGUCAGGAUAAGGUGGUGUUCUUUCUGCAUCUUCUUGGACUCGAUACCACUGGCCACGGCUUCCGUCCUUACUCCAAGGAAUACCUGCAUAAUAUCAAGGUUGUGGACAAGGGGGUGCAGGAGGUAGCAACACUCAUAGAAGAGUUCUACGGCGACGACAGGACGGCGUUUGUCUUCACCGCAGACCAUGGUAUGAGCGAUUGGGGAAGCCAUGGAGAUGGCCAUCCUGACAAUACUAGAACACCUCUAGUCGUCUGGGGAUCUGGUGUUGCUGGUCCAAAGUACACAGAGAGAAAGACUAUCACUGGUCAUGAGGAUGGAUUCUCUGCCGAUUGGGGCCUUGACGGCAUUCAACGCCAUGAUGUCGCACAGGCCGAUGUUGCUGCUCUCAUGGCGUAUCUUGCUGGCUUGGAUUUCCCUGUGAACUCUGUCGGUCAAUUGCCACUUGAAUAUAUCGAUGCUCGUCCAAAGGAGAAGGCGCUCGCUGCAUUGGCGAACACGCAAGAAGUAUUGGAGAUGUAUCGCGUGAAGGAGAAGCAAAAGAGAGCCGCAUUGCUGCGAUACAAGCCGUUUGAGCCAUUGGCAGAUCAUGGCGAGAACUCGGUGGAGGAGCAUAUUGCCGAGAUCCAGGCCCUCAUUGCCAACGGCAGUUAUGAUGAGUCCAUCCAGAGGUCUGGCGCUCUAUUUGCUACUGCGCUAGAGGGGCUGCGCUAUCUGCAAACAUAUGACUGGCUCUUCCUCCGAACCAUCAUCACCUUCGGAUACCUAGGUUGGAUUGCUUAUGCACUGACAACCGUUAUUGAUCUGCAUGUCUUGCACGGUAUCUCGGAUUCAAAUCGGACCGUAGGCAGCACCAUUUUCUUCACGUCUAUUCUUGCUGCUCUCUUUUCGGUUCUUUCAUAUCAAAAAUCUUCUUGGCGAUACUAUUUCUACGGAGCUUUUCCAAUCUUUUUCUGGGAAGAGGUCUUUGCACGAAGGAAGGCACUGAUCGCUGGUCGCGAGAUCCUUUUGGGCCACGUUCGCUCUUUCGGUGGCUACAUCGCGCUCGGAUUUCAAUUGAUAGCCUUUGUUGGAGUUUUGGAAGCUCUUGUCCAAUCCUACUUCCACCGUGAGAUCUUCACGGCCUGUUUCAUUCUCGGGUCAUUCUGGCCUAUUUUAUACGGCGUCGACUUUGUGAAGCAGAAUACGGUUCUGUCCGCUACAUGGGCCGUCGGAUGCUCUCUCAUGAGCACUUUUACUUUGCUUCCUGUAAUCAAAGUAGAAGACAUUAACACCAUAACUUAUGGUGCACUGCUGAUGUUCUUCACCGGGUUGUUCUAUCUACUUUUCGAGGACACCAUCUUGAAACACAGUAAAUCUUCAGGACAUGCGCCAGGGGCCAUCUCUAGCUUGGGGUCGCGAGUCAUUAUGGGCAUGCAGGUUGGCAUGGUUUUGCUUGCCAUGAUAGUCACCAGAUCCAGUGUUUCGUCUUUGCAGGCCAAGGAAGGCCUUCCAUUUGGUAACCAAGUAGUUGGCUGGUUCGUUCUGGUUGCCUCGCUUCUGCUGCCAUUUGUCCAUCGACUAUAUCCUAACAGCCACUACUUGCACCGCCUGAUGGUACUUUUCCUCACAUUCUCACCCACUUUUAUCAUCCUCACUAUUUCGUAUGAGGGUCUUUUCUACUUUGUUUUCUGCAUGACACUAGUCACGUGGGUGCGUUUGGAGCAUGCCAUAUACGUAUACACUGCAAGGUCCUCGGCGCACCAUGGUGGAAGCAGUACGGUUCCAAAGAAGCCGGGCUUGAACGCUACAGCGGUAGUCGAUGGGCAGGAAUACCGCUACCGCAGGCUAGGCCUGGCAGACACGCGCGUGGCGUUGUUUUUCUUCUUCCUUCUCCAAUCCGCCUUCUUCAGCACAGGCAACAUCGCAUCAGUCUCAUCGUUUUCGCUGGAGAGCGUCUGCCGUCUCAUACCUGUUUUCAAUCCGUUUAGCCAAGGCGCACUGCUCAUCCUGAAAUUGCUCAUUCCUUUUGCCAUCAUCAGCGCUAAUCUGGGUAUCCUCAACCGCCGGCUGGAGGUUGCGCCUAGCGCUCUGUUCAUGGUUGUCAUGUCCAUCUCGGACGUGAUGACUCUCAAUUUCUUCUAUAUGGUGCGGGAUGAAGGGUCCUGGCUGGACAUCGGCACCACCAUCAGCCACUUUUUGAUCGCCAGCUUUCUGUGCACUUUCGUUGCGGGACUUGAGUUUCUUAGCGAGGUGUUUAUCAGCGGGGUGGACUUUGGACCGACCUCCAAGGCGAUCGGGGCCACUAUCACCAAGGCCCUGGACGGGACUGUGGAGAGCGACGUUGCAGGCGCGCAGUCCGGGCCUGAAGAUGCGGCGAACGGCAAAAAGGCCGAUGGGUCUAGAAGGGAGUGA